AUUCGUUGGAUCGGAUCUAGUCAAAUCAGUCGAGGAUAUCGACGCACCUGCGUGACUUUAGAGCGGAACUAAAAAGGGGUGUCCCGUCACACACUGCGAACGUGUGCGUCAAAUUUGUUCACGACAGGGUAAGAAUCAAGUCGCGUUUCGACGAUGGGGGCGAUGUUCAGGAGCGCGGAAAUGGCUCUCUGCCAGCUGUUCAUUCAGCCGGAAGCGGCUUACCUUUCCGUUUCCGAACUUGGAGAAACCGGCACGGUACAAUUUCGUGACCUAAACAGCGACGUGAAUUAUUUUCAACGGAAAUUCGUCAACGAGGUCCGACGAUGCGACGAAAUGGAGCGCAAACUUCGAUACAUCGAGGCGGAGGUGAAGAAGGACGACGUGCCCAUCUUAGAUAAUCUCACUGAACUACCACGCGCGCCCAUUCCGCGUGAGAUUAUCAACCUCGAGGCGCAUCUCGAGAAAACGGAGAACGACAUACUAGAGCUGAGCCAGAACGCGGUGAACCUGAAGAGCAGCUAUCUCGAGCUAACGGAAUUACAGCACGUGCUCGAGAGGACGCAAGUGUUUUUCACGGAGGAAGAGGCCAACGAUUCGAUCACCAAGGCGCUCAUUAGCGAGGAACCGCAGAACCCAGUCGCCUCGAUUCGCGGACGUCUGGAGUUCGUCGGCGGAGUGAUAAAUCGCGAACGCGUUCCGGCCUUUGAGAGGAUGUUGUGGCGCAUAUCUCGCGGAAACGUGUUUCUCCGACAAUCCGAACUUGACGAACCUUUGGAAGAUCCCGCUACGGGAAACGAAAUCUACAAAACGGCUUUCGUGGCGUUUUUCCAAGGAGAACAGUUGAAGAAUCGCAUCAAGAAAGUCUGCAUCGGCUUCCACGCCUCGCUCUAUCCGUGUCCGACCAGUAAUGCGGAACGUCAGGAGAUGCUCAAGGACGUGCGAACACGUUUGGAGGAUUUCAAACUGGUGUUGAGCCAGACGCAAGAUCAUCGCCAACGCGUUCUGCACAACGUGGCGAAAGAACUGCCAAACUGGAGCAUUAUGGUGCGAAAGAUGAAAGCUAUUUACCACACGAUGAAUCUGUUCAACAUGGACGUGUCAAAAAAAUGUCUCAUCGGAGAAUGCUGGGUGCCUAUUGCCGAUCUCGCAGUCGUGCAAGCCUGUCUUACGGAAGGAUCGCGGCAAUGCGGAAACUCCAUGCCGGCUUUCCUCAAUGUGAUCCACACGGACGAGAAUCCUCCGACGUUCAAUAGAACGAACAAAUUCACGAGAGGUUUUCAAAAUCUGAUCGAUGCGUACGGCGUGGCGUCGUAUCGCGAAGCUAAUCCGGCGCUUUACACCAUCAUUACGUUUCCAUUUUUGUUUGGCGUCAUGUUCGGCGACGCCGGCCACGGACUGAUAAUGACGCUGUUCGGCGCGGCCAUGGUGCUGUGGGAAAAGAAAUUCAUCGCGCAGAAAUCGGACAACGAGAUCUGGAAUAUGUUCUUCGGCGGGCGUUACAUCAUUCUUCUCAUGGGUUUCUUUUCAAUCUACAGCGGUUUGAUCUACAACGACGUGUUCGCGAAAUCGCUUAACAUAUUCGGAUCCAGUUGGCGGGCAAAUUUCAAUUAUAGUUAUAUAGAGAAGAAUCCGAAGUUGGACUUGCUGCCGGAGGAGAGUGCCGGUAACUAUCUGCAAACUCCCUAUGUCCUGGGUGUAGACCCGGUCUGGGCGCUCGCUAGCAACAAGAUUGUAUUUCAGAACUCGUUCAAGAUGAAGCUGUCCAUCAUCUUCGGCGUCGUGCACAUGAUCUUCGGCGUGUGCAUGAAUCUCGUCAAUAUCUGGCACUUUAAGAGAUAUUCCAAUUUCUUCCUUGAAUUUUUGCCGCAACUGCUCUUCCUUGUAUUGCUGUUCGCUUACAUGACCGUUCUGAUGUUCAUCAAAUGGGUCAUCUACAACGCCUCGUCCGAUGAAUUGCGACUGAAACCGGGUUGCGCGCCAUCGGUGCUGAUCACGUUCAUCAACAUGAUGCUUUUCAAACACACAAAACCACCGGAGGGUUGUUCCGAGUACAUGUUUGAGGGGCAAGAGAUUUUGCAGUACAUCUUCUUGGGCUGCGCUCUUCUCUGCAUACCCGUAAUGCUCUUCGGAAAACCGUUACACAGUUUAUGUUCAAAGAAAAAACCGUCUGCGGACAAAAUUACCAGCAACGGAAAUGCUCAGGAAAUAGAGAUGCAAACCCAGGGACUUGCGAGUCCAAGUACCAGCAAGGACGACACGGGCGGUCACGGGCACGACGACAACAGCUUCAGCGAGCUGAUGAUCCAUCAGAUCAUUCACACCAUUGAGUACGUUCUCUCCACAGUCUCGCAUACCGCGUCUUAUUUGCGGUUAUGGGCGUUGUCGUUAGCUCAUUCUCAGCUGUCCGAGGUGCUUUGGGGCAGACUGAUGCACAUGGGGUUAGCCGCCGAGGAGGGCCAGUUUUACAUGAGCGUCGUGCUUUUCGCCUGUUUCGCCGCUUGGGCCUUCUUCACCAUCGUCAUUCUCGUACUGAUGGAAGGCCUCUCAGCGUUUCUUCACACGCUUCGACUGCACUGGGUCGAGUUUAUGAGCAAGUUUUACGAGGGUUUGGGAUAUCCUUUCCAGCCGUUUUGCUUCAAGAGUAUUCUGGACGAAAAAGAUGACGAAGAAUAAUUAAGCAAGCCGCCGCUAGUCCACAGCAAUAAUUGUUAGAUAUAUACUUAUCGAAUAUUUGCGCGCGAAAGAAACUCCUCUUUGUAUUAAAUAUUUUUGUACAUAGACGUUAGGCCGUGAUCUUCUUGCCUGAUGAAGUACAGAAGAAGAAUCAAAUCGCCCGGUGUGUGGAUUGUUUCAAGCGAGCUUGACAAUGUGCCUCCUUCAGUACUUUUACGUACAGAUUAUUACGUGUUCAUAUAUCAGCCAGUAUGUGCACAAGAUAAUUAUGCAAUAACAAUUUCAAACUAUAUUUUUCUUACCGUUUUACAAGUUUAGAAUAACGAAAACGACGUCCGGCGACAAACUUCGCGCGUGCGUCGUAUAUAAACAUUACUUGUACAAUCUUAACAUAAUUAACGUAUAAUUAAUGUUUACUAUUGUAAACGUAUUAAAAGAAGAAGAAGAAAAAAAAACAACAUAUCGAUAUAGAUAUAGAUUUUACGCCACUUUGUCAAUCAAAGCUAACGUAAAAUUAAUUGGGCGCAAAACUCGGCUUUAAACAUACUACAUCACUAGUAUAAAUUGUUUUUUCUCGGUUUUAUCCUUUGUCUGUCUGUCAGAUUAUUUUUUCGUCAGGGAUUUUAAUUAUUUUUAAUUCAGGAAGAUACGUGAAAUAACGUAUGACACGUUAAUUUUACGUCCUAAUCGUUUUAACGUUAAAGUCUUAAAGAUAAAGUUAACAAAAAAAAAAUCUCAGACAACUUCAGAUUGUUAUACACAGAAGGAGAAUGUUACAACAACAAAAAAAAAAUGAAAAGGAAGUAUAUAUAUAUAUAUAUAUAUAUAAAACAAAAAAAAUAUAUAUGUGAUUCAGCAAUUAUGCUACUGCUGCUGCCACUUGCGCGCGUUGUAUAUUCAUUCCAUUAAUUAUCUAUAGUAACGCGUGGACACACGGUCGUGUGAUCGAUAAGCUCGUCGUUCGAAAGCACAUAGCGUUGGGUUUCUCAUCUCGAUUCUUUUCUUUGAAUAACUUGAUUUUUCGCGAAAAUCUACAGACUUUCGACAAAUCUGUAGAUUUUCGUCGCCACGAUAUGUUGUUGCGAGAAAGUUGUUCAAGAAUCGAGACGCGCUGCUGCUACGACGACUGCGUUUCGCAAAGCCCGUUAUAUCUGUGGAUAUAAUCGCGCAUUAUUCUGUGACGUACGUGAUAACGUAAAUCGCAAAUGAUGCGCGCGAUUCACGACCAGUGUCGUAAUCUACGCAAGAAAAUCGGCAAUCAAAAAAUUGAUGUAAAAUUACGAUCAAUCAAUCUUGUAGAUAAAAAAUAAUGUACACGAUAUAUAUUUUAUCAAUGUUCGAAAUAAAAUAAAAAAAAUUGCCGUGAA